GAAUAUUUUGGCUCAAGUAUGACAUAUAUUGACAUAGCGUCCAUUGUAAAUAAACUAGAGGUUGCAGAUGAAUUCAAGUAUCAUUCUCAUCAUCCUCUUCUCUUUUAUAACAAUCUUUUUUAUAGGUAAGAUUACUUUGAAUAAUAUAAAUCAUAUAUACCAACAUAUUCUUUUGUAGAAGCCGUUUAAUCACUAUUACUAGUACGUACCUAAAGAAAUGGAAGAAGGUAAUAGUAACAAAACAAUUGUGAUGGGUCCACAGUUCUGUUCUCCUCAGCCUCUUCAGCUAUUCAUAAAGAAGAAGGUUUACUUCAUGGGUGGCCAUGGAUAUGAAGUUAAAGAUGAUUAUGGUAAUCUCGUCUUCACUAUUGAAAAUGUUUUGGGCUUCUUUCGUAGCAAGUUGAUCGUCUUUGAUGCUGCUAAUGUACCAAUUCUCACCCUAAAAAGCAAGAAAUUUUCGUGGCAUAGCAGAUGGCAAAGUUUUAAGGGAGACAGCACAGACGAAAAGGACCUCAUAUUUAGUGCCAAGACUUCUUCAAAGUUUCAAUUCACCAGAAAAUUGGACAUUUUCUUAGCCAAUAAUAUAUCAGAACAAGUUUGUGAUUUUAGAAUGAAGGCUAGCUACAGGGAGUCAAAUUGUCAUAUUUUUGCUGGACAAUCAUCCACUCUAAUUGCUCAGAUGGAUAAGAAGUAUACAACAGGAAGUAUAUUCCUUGGAAGAGACAAAUUCAUGGUGAGAGUGAAUCCAAAUGUGGAUCAUGCCUUCAUAGUUUCACUUCUUGUUAUCCUCGAAGAGAUGGCCAGCUCAGGAAACAGCAGCAGCACUCAUUCCUCAUCACCCUAAUGGAUAUCUAGCAUUUCUUUUCCAUUGUUAAUUGUUUAACUUCUUUUUUUUUUCUUGUGUAUUGAUAUGAAUAGGCUAUUCGACAUUUUUUGUUAUUUGCUUCUUCUCACGAGUAGUAACCUUAUUUGUUACAUAAAGUUAAACAAUCACACGUGAUACACAUAUAGAUUGUUUUGGGUACGAAGAAAAUAUUUUUCCGAAAAAUAAAUGGAUUUGUUACUUAUC